AUGGCGUGGGUUUUAUCAAUAGUGAAGACCUUCUCGAUGAUAUUGUCUUUAACCAAUCUACGCCCCAAACUUCGAUCAAGCCACGCGUAUGGUUUACCCUUCUACAACCCAGAUACCAGCCGCUACGGGUUGAUCGAAGACGAUGUUUCGCCACAACACUAUGCAAUGUCCAAUGGCGGUGUCAUUAAGUCUCCGCUGCCCGCCAAGUCGAUAAGCACAGCGGGCACCACUGGAUGUGUACGACGGAAGAAACGCAUUCGCGACCAUGGAAUGGACUUCAUCACCUACGAGAGAUAUACUUAUGAUACGCUUGGGGGAGCCUGA